CAACCUGCUUGUUGCUAUGCAGCAAAUUGCUGGAGCGUUCAUAGAGACGAUUCAUUAGACGGUCAACACAAACAUGGAAAGCGGUGAACAGGAGAAAGACAAACAAAAAUCGUCUACGGCUGAAAAUCAAGACAACAUGGCAGCGACAACUGCCUCUCGAAUAGACGUCCUGUCCCGGGCGAAGCCUGUUCCUGUAGGAUUCAUCGAGGAUAGGCGAUCAGUAUACUGGGAUAAUAACUUUGCAAAGGACUGGGAUAACAUACAAUCGACUAAAAGUGUGUUAAGUGACAGACAAGCACAACUUGUUUAUAGCAAACAACUUCACAAAGAUUAUGUAGGAGACAGAAAAAGUGCAAUCUGGCCAGUAAGUGAGGCAGCAAUGAAAGCCACGGCAUCACAGAGACUGGAGACCCUGUCAGAGGCAAAAGCUCUUCAUCGCGACUACCAACCUUGUCAGCAAGUGCAAAGACUUGUCAGUGAAGCAGCUAUGAAGGCUGAGCCUUCUCAACGAACUGAAUUCCUUGCACAACCCAAAACUUAUGCUCCCUUAAAAAUCAAGUCAAAUAGUGAUUGGGAUUGGAGUGAGUGGGAAUCUGAUUUGACAGAAGCUGCCAAGAAUGCAACAGCAUCAGAAAGAGUUCUUGUGCUUUCAAAUCCUAAGAUGCCACACCGCAAUUACAAAGAGGGGCGUCCUGUGAUCUGGGAAGUGUCACAGACAGCCCAGAAGGCUCUACCAUCUCUCAGAGUUCAGCAACUUGCGAGGCCAAAAAGCCGCAGUCAGUACAAUGAAGACUAUGAUGCUAAUGCAUGGAAAGUCUCACAGGGGGCAAAAGCAGCACAGGCAACUCCUAGAAUAGAAGAACUUGCUUUACCAAUCCCUAGAAAAGUCAGAAGUAAAAAAGUUGUGUGAUCCAUUCUAAUAAUUUAUUUAUUGAUUAUCAAUUCACUCCAAAUUUAUCUAUUGUGAUAUGUUAUGCACAUUGCAUUUACCAUUGAUCU